GCAACGGUGUGUACUUAUUGAAUUUUCCUUCGAAAGCAUCCAAAUUCACAGGUGGGCGUGACAGAAGCAGUGACAUACUCCGUCGCCAUAAUUGACUCUGUAGCCUUUGGGACUCUGUAUAUUUAAACUCAUCAGGUGACUCUUUUUAUGUAUAUAGCUCCUGGUUGAUGUCUUAUUCCACAAUCAUUAGCAACAACAGCUUGCUCUCUCUCGCUACAAAGUUCAGUACUCGUGGAUCUCGUCUUCAGCUUCAGUGUACACUAUCAAUGGCUCGCUCUGCGGUAGAUGAGACAUCAGAUUCAGGAGCUUUUCAACGAACCGCAUCGACAUUCCGGAACUUCGUUUCAAAAGACUCAAAUUCUCAGUUUCCAGCUGAGUCUGGUAGAUACCAUCUUUACAUAUCGUAUGCUUGUCCAUGGGCUUCUAGAUGCCUUUCAUACUUGAAGAUCAAAGGACUUGACGAUGCAAUAAGCUUCUCGUCUGUAAAACCCAUUUGGGGAAGAACCAAAGAAACUGAUGAGCAUAUGGGAUGGGUCUUUCCGGGUUCAGAUUCUGAGGUUCAAGGAGCUGAUCCUGACCAUCUUAAUGGUGCUAAGAGUGUAAGAGAACUCUAUGAGAUUGCUAGCCCGAACUACACCGGAAAGUAUACGGUUCCUGUUCUGUGGGAUAAGAAGCUCAAAACUGUUGUUAACAACGAGAGUGCAGAAAUAAUCCGGAUGUUCAACACUGAGUUCAAUCAUAUUGCGGGAAAUCCUGAUCUUGACCUUUACCCUUCUCAUCUCCAAGCAAAAAUCGAUGAAACUAAUGAAUGGAUCUACAAUGGGAUAAAUAACGGUGUCUAUAGAUGCGGGUUUGCAAAGAAACAAGAACCUUAUGAGGAGGCAGUUGAGCAAGUUUAUGAAGCAUUAGAUAGAUGCGAGGAGAUUCUUGGAAAACAUCGGUACAUCUGUGGUAACACUUUGACUGAAACAGAUAUCAGAUUGUUUGUCACCCUUAUAAGAUUUGACGAGGUUUAUGCAGUCCACUUCAAAUGCAACAAGAAACUCUUAAGGGAGUAUCCGAAUCUGUUCAACUACACAAAAGACAUAUUCCAGGUCCCCGGAAUGAGUAGCACGGUGAACAUGAAUCACAUCAAGCAUCAUUACUAUGGAAGCCACCCGUCGAUUAACCCUUUCGGAAUUGUCCCACAAGGACCAAACAUCGACUACACUUCGCCUCAUGAUCGACACAGAUUCUCCAAAUGAAAAACAUCUCAUCAAAGAAUAAAGUUGAGUUGUGUCUUCUGAAAGUUAAAACCAUCUUUACGAAAUAAUAGUAAGUUGUGUCUUUAACACUGUAAGUGAUUGAAAGUUCUAUGUUUAAGGUAAAAUAAAAGCUUUAUGUUUGAUAUGUUACAGUUAAGAAUCUCCACAGGUGAAAAUAAUGUAUGUUUGAAGUCUCAACAAAAUCUUCUUCGGCUCCAA